AUGAUAGAAAAAAACCAAUUUAAUGAUGAUCAAAUAAUACUAGAUCGUUUAAAGAUAGGCUUGAAAAAUCUUCAGAAAAUACCGCCACACAAGAUCAAAUCACCAUCUAACCAACCACGUAGGGCAAGCGUAGCCAUAAUAAUUCGUAUUAGGCCAACAAUAAUUAAUUCUUUUGAAACAUUUUCCAGUGACACCAAUGAUAACGAUAUCAUUGAAUAUGAAGGAAAUGGAAAAGAAGAUUUAUCUGUUGUAAUAGAAGAGUUUUUUAAUUUAACAUGGGUUAGAAGGGGAACACCAGAAAUUAUAUAUAUUAAAAGAAGUUUAAGGGAUGGAGACAGAUGGUCAGGGCAAAUAGCUUUUCCUGGAGGUAAACAAGACCCAGAUGAUUUAGACGAUUUGGAUACAGCAAUAAGAGAGACAUCAGAAGAAAUUGGAAUAGAUCUUGAAAAUGACAAAUCAUUUGCAUAUAUUGGUGCAUUAGAUGAUAGAGAGGUAACAUCAACUUUGGGAGGAAAAUUAUUAAUGACUCUUUCAUGUUUUGUAUUUUUACAAAUAACACAUAUUACACCACCUACAGAAAUUUCAGGAUCAGAGAUAUCAUCUAUUCAUUCUAUACCAUUAUCAAUAUUCUUUGAUCCUAUUUAUACACAAAGAUGGAAUCCAGUAUCAAUAGAUCUUUCCUUAGGAUUAUCUAAAUCAAGACCAAUCAAGUUCAUAUUAUCAUUUUUAUUAGGCAAGGUUCAUUUUAAUUCAAUAAUUUUACCAAAUAACAACAAUGAUGAUAAUAACAACAAUGGUGGAGGAGAGGGUGAUGACAGUUUAAGAUUAUGGGGAUUAACAUUACAGAUGACAAGCGAUUUGAUAGAUUUAAUGUAUAAAGAGGAUGAAAUACCAUCGAGAAGAUUGGAUGCAACAAGACCAAGAUUUGAUUAUUUAGAUUUAAAUAUAUUUGUUUGGUGGCUUUUAAAAUCAAACAGGAAUAAAUAUAAAAAAGAGCAAUCAAAUAUAAUCACUAGGAGAAGAGUAUGGGCAAAUGGAUGGAAUGAUUAUUACAAGUCAAUACAAAAAUCAAUAAUUGUUAUAAUUCUCACUAGAUCGAUGAUUGGUUUAUGUCAUAGUAUCACAGAAAGGUAUAAAACAUAA